ACCGUGACGUCGUCGUUUCAAAAAGCGUUAGAGAACCUGCUAAUCUGUUAUAUAAUAACUAGUAAACACACAAUUUACUGUACACGCGACUGAUAUAAAUUUGGAUAACGUGCAAAAAAAGUUACAGAAUAAUGUCUCACUGGAUUUGCUGUAACUCCUGCUUCGUGUCACCUGGUCCUGAGCGUCAGCUGGCUGUCACAAACUGCGGUCACAUCAUCUGUAAUGUUUGCUUUCAGAGAGGAAAACAGGGUGUCUGCCUCAUUUGCAAAGCAACGUGUCAGAUCUCCCCACUAUCUGAUAAAAGUAGCUCAGAGGUGCAAGAGCUUUUCUCAGAUAUCAGUGCAGUUGCAGUCAAAUACUUCUCAGAGAUAAGCAAGGUUUUACAAUUCCAGGCCAGACACCAGAAAAGAUUACUGGCCCACUAUCAGCAGAAGAUUGAGAGAAUGAAGGAGGAUGGACAGAAAAUGCAACAAGAGAUGCAGAAGAUGUCCAAGAAAAUUUCAGAACAGAAUGCUUACAUAUCCAAGUUAGAAAUGACUGUUCAAAAUCAAAGUUCAAGACUGGCGUUACAGUCCAACAGAGAUUUACAGUCCACAAGUCAGAGACAAGCCUCCCCAGUGACAAAAAUUCCGUAUUCUUCCCCACUCUCGAUGUCACGAACCUUGUCCUCUGCUAGCCUAGCUGACAGCAUAGAAAUCAACAGCAGGGGGCACACUCACAAGCCAGAAGUCCUGAAUAGAAUUUGUCUCAGAAGCUCACCGAAGGACUGCCGCAUAGGUUCAGUUCUUCACAGAGCAUCAAGUCAGAGCUCUAUGGGUAGCCAUUCAACACCAUUCAGCGCCACUGUCAGUAGGGAAUUCUCCAUUGGUCUACGGGAGCCGGUGAUAAAUCCAUCCCAUAAUGUGGCCUACCGCAGAGAGUCAGCAUGGGAAACGCCUGUGUUCAAACUACCCUCGGCCUACAAAUAUGGCUCUGUGUCCUCCCUGGGACCCCCACCAUGACAUACACUCUGGUCCAAAAGCAAUAUGGAUAAUCACAUCUCAUAAUAGUUUUAUAUGUCACAAAGCUGUGCUAUUUUUACCGGAUACUUUUAGGCAAAAGGCAUCAGGCCUAUUAAUGUAAUCACUAUCCAGGCCUGUAGACAAGCAAUGAACACUGCAGCACUGACCUGUAACUGACUCUCUUAUGAUGCCGCAAUGCAUUAAUGCUGCCUCUCAUUGAACAGUGAACAUCUGUGCUUUUGUUUCCAUAAAUGUAUUGUAGCAAUUAAUCACAGGCCCUCGUUGAACAGUUUGUGAGUGUGAAUUUUAAUAUACCAUUUUGCGCAUGACUCGCAUUGUGUUAGCAGCAUGUGCUGUUAAUCACAUCCAGAAUGUUCUCUGCAGCAUGUUUCUUCUCUAACACACUGAUGCCAUUGUACUGAGGUGUUCAAACCUUGUUCGCAUUGAUUAAAAUGAUGCAUCUGA